CCCUCCAGUCUGCACUGGGAGGCGAUGGUGUGCUGGCUCUGCGGAGCACUGCAUGCAGCACUGAGCCUCUUCUAUUCCCAUGGACUGUCUCUUUAAGAAGCCUCUCGGUGCGCAGAGGCGCUCCAGCAGCUCAUCACAUGAUUCUUCUCUUGUGACAAUCCAGACAGAAAGGAAAAGCCUCUGUGACUUCCAGCUGAGUUAGAAGACGCUGAGAUGACAGAUUACUGUUGUAUUGGGACCAAAGGACUACCGAGAUGGAGUUAAGUUAACUACAACCACAGAGAGCCGGACCAUUCCUGUCUUUAAAGUGGACAUCUGCUGGUUAUUUAGGGGUUGUUGCGCCAAAGAGGACAAAGUUGGCGCAUGGAGAGGGACGAAGUUUCAUAUUUGCGCAGCGUCUUUUCUUUUGUUUUUGUCGCCACUGCGUGUCAACCAACGUCGUAGGGCUUUUUUUUACUGACAACCCAAGCCAAGGAACCGGAGUUCAGUUUGUGUUGCUGAAGAAUUAAGUUGCAGGAGGACAGACAGCGAGACAGCGAGACAACGAGAUGGUGGACAGCAAACCUCUCCUCCAGGACAGACCUCCCGCCUACACCAGCGUCCCGGGGACUUAUGACGGCGGCCCGCAGCAGCCGCAGCAGCCGCAGCCGCAGCUCGGCUAUGGGGCCAUCCCGUCUCCGGCCCCGCCGCCGCCGUACCAGUACCCCGGCGGCCAAGGUUACCCAUCAGCCCAAAUGAAUCCCGCCAUAGCUCAGCAGCCCUACCCUGGGACAUACACCAUCAUACAACCGUCUGUAGUGGUGGUGGGGGGCUGCCCCGCCUGCAGAGUUGGUGUCCUGGAGGAUGACUUCACUUGCCUGGGGAUCCUGUGUGCCAUCUUCUUCUUCCCUCUGGGUCUCCUCUUCUGCUUCGCACUGCGUCAGAGAAGGUGUCCCAACUGUGGCGCCACCUUCGGAUAGAGGGACCAAACCGCAGCUCAUGCACCUGCUUGCGCUCUGAUACAUACACACACACACCACCCACCCACACACCCACCCACGC